AACUUUAUGAAACAUUACAUUACAUUUCAUAAAAAUAGCAUAAAUUUAUGCUUUGACGCUAGCCCCCGCAUUUCGCGUCUCAUGACAACAUACAUACAUACUUCCUACUUUUACUCCGGUUUAUUAGAACAGGGGCAAGUGAGAUGGGGCUGAUGUGGAACUUCUUGUUCCAGCUUGGAUAACUACUACUAUACGGGGUAGGUAGCUACGAGGUAAAAGUAGGUAGAUAGCUUUUACGCCGUCGAGAAACUUUGGUCUCAUGAUUGUUCUCUUCACAGAACAAAGCCGGGUAAGCAAAACACUUUUCUCAUCCAUUUUUCAUUACAAACUGUUUACUCUUCUCCAUUAUAUGAAAGUAAUAGCCGCGGAUGUUCAAAACUCGUUUCAUUCCUUCAUUCCUCGUUGUUUUUCCUCAGUUGCAUCUCUUGAUGGUAUUUUGAUGAUACCUUCCUUCUUGAUACGAAUACAUCGCUGCAUGCACCCCAAAUAAUACAGUAACCAUGCGUUGGACAAGCUAUAUUCAGGUCGCAUCUGCAAUAGCAGCGACGGUCGCACAAGCUUCUACAUUGACCCCGCCAGUGAUACCAUUAAUUGUUCGCAAUCCAUAUUUGAGUGCUUGGUUAGGACAUGCAAGAGAGAAUCCGUGGGAACAUUGGCCCAUAUUCUGGACGGGUCAAGAGGUAUGAGAUUUAAUGAUUUCUUCUCAAAAUCAAUUCAGAUCAAAAUAUUCAUUUUUUACAGAUUGGGUUCUCUGUACUCGCCUCUGUUCCUCAAUCCGAUACUGUUUAUCCAUUGUUGGGUAGACCACAAGAUUCAUUAAGCAAAACGGGGGAGAGGUAUGUUUUUAGAGCAAUUGGCAGCCGAUUGGUGCAUUGAGUAUGAAGACUAAUUUAUCUGUAGCUUCAAUGUAUCAUAUCCUGCAUUUUUAGGUGCUACUUUUGAUGCGUCAACGACAAACCUCACAUACCACAUCCCUUCGCCCUCUAAAUCCCAAGAUCCACUCGAGGUGGUAUUAUCCUUCCUAUCUCCAAUUACACCGACUUCCACUUUUCGUCAAUCAAUACCUGCGGCAUAUUUGACUGUGCAUGUUACAGGAGGAUUUGAUCUCGAUGUAUACUUGGAUAUUAAUGGAUUAUGGGUCAGUGGCGAUAGAGCAAAUGCCAUUGAUUGGACAUUCAGCCAGAGUGAACCACCAAAGGGUAGCAAGGAGUCUCCAUUGAAGAUCUGGAAGGUCAAACGAGUAGUUGAGCAAUUGUUUACCGAAUGGGGUGACCGUUCAGAAUGGGGACAAUUACACUUCACAGCCCCAGCCGAGGCUAACUAUCAAGCUGGCACAUCUGCUAUACUACGUACUGCGUUCUCUAGAAGUGGAAAAUUGUCGAAUAAUGUUGAUACCAACUUUCGAGGAAUUAUGGAUGAGGAACCAGUUUUCGCAUUCGCGUACUCUUUCAAGCUCAAUUCCACUUCAAAUUCCACCUCUGCUGCAGGUGGCAAAACAUACGCUAGUGCACUAUUCACGAUUGCACAUAUCCAAGAUCCUGUCAUCCAAUUCGCUUCCGCUCGAGGCUUAACAGCUAUGCGUCCGUUAUGGGCGUCUUAUUAUCCUAACGCUGAUGUUCUACUUGAGUACCAUUACCGUGACUUCCAGAAAGCUUUCAGCCUUGCAAGCAAUUAUUCGGAUCAGCUUGCGAUUGACGCUUUGCAGUCCGGAUCUGGGGACUACAAAGAUAUUCUGGCCCUCAGUGCACGUCAAGUAUUAGGUGCUGCUUCUUUCUCUGGUACUCCUGAUAAUCCUAUUAUUUUCUUCAAGGAGAUUUCUUCUGACGGAAAUAUGAACACUAUUGAUGUGAUAUACCCCUCCUUUCCAUUCUUCUUGUACACAAAUCCUAGGUGGUUGGCGUAUAUGCUGGAGCCUUUGAUUGAACAUAUGCUCAGUGGUCAAUAUCCGUAAGUUUCGUCUUUUGAACAUUUGUUUAGUACACUGAGCUAAAUUCUGGUAGUAAUGAUUACGCUAUGCAUGAUCUCGGUUCAUCAUUCCCCAACGCGACAGGACAUCCAGAUGGUAGAGAUGAGUAUAUGCCAGUCGAAGAAUGUGGAAAUAUGCUCAUCAUGGGCUUGGCACUGGUUAACUCACUUAAGUACGACACUAAACCAGCAAGCAUUUGGUCUAGUCAAGGUGAUGAUAAAACCGCUCAAUUUAUCGAAGGUGCAUUCCCACUUUUCGUGGAUGCUGAUGGUAUGGAUGAUACUGUCGGUGGUCCGGUUGAAGCUAAAGGCGAAAAGCAAGCACGAAAAUGGGUCGAGAAAUCAUAUAGAUUGUGGAAGCAAUGGACUGGCUAUUUGGUUAGGGAAACUCUUAUCCCUAGCAAUCAACUGUCCACGGACGACUUUGCUGGAUGGCUAGCAAACCAAACAAACCUUGCCCUGAAGGGUAUCAUAGGGAUCAAAGCUAUGAGCGAGAUAGCCGAAGUUGUUGGUGAGACCGAGGAUGCUACUUACUACCGCAACAUCUCCGAAAACUACAUUAAACGAUGGGAGGAAGAAUUUGCCAUUUCUAGAGAUGGAACUCAUGCUAAAUUGGCAUACUCUUGGUAUGGAUCAUGGACCAUUUUAUACAAUCUGUUUGCAGAUUCGUUACUUUGUUUCCAUAUUCCAACAAGCUCUUCAUCUAUUCCGAGCGAUUGGAAAGACCAAAAGCCUAUCACGCUCCCUGAUCACCAAGUUUCAAAGACGGGAUUUGUCAGUGACAAGGUUUACAAAUUACAGAGUGACUGGUAUCACUCAGUCCGACAGAAAUAUGGUCUACCUCUUGAUAGUCGCCAUCUAUAUACCAAGAGUGAUUGGGAAUUCUUUGCUGUUUCAGUUGCUAGUAAGAAGGUUAGGGAGGAGAUCGUUGACUCGAUUGCAUUAUGGGUCAAUGAGACCACGACUGGUACGUAAUUUGAUAAUGGCAGGUCAUGGCGUUAACUAAUAAUGUCAAUAGAUAAACCACUUACGGAUUUAUAUGAUACAGAAGGGACAGGUGGAUUCCCUGGCAUAGAGUUCAAAGCUCGGCCGGUUGUUGGAGGACAUUUUGCAUUCCUAGCGUUAGAAAGGGCAUGUGAUGGAAAGGCUGUUGCUGCCUUAGACUUUUUAAAUGAAGAGGGGAAACUAGAAAUAGACGAAGAAGAGAUGAUGCACAACGAGGAACUUUAGAUUAGAGUAUUGUCAAAUUGCUUGACGAGGUUCGGUAUAUCUUUACAUGAGUUUGAUUGAUUUGGGGGAUGAAAGCACUGCAGGCAAAUGCAGUUCUCUUAAAUGAUGAAUGAAUAGGCAUAAUUAUCAAUACAACAUCAAGGCGGAUGUACGUACUCUAAGUAGGAUGUACUAUCUUUGAUUGGUACUGCUUGAUUUGCUUGCUUCCAUAACUCUCCUCUGACUGGUGGCAAUGAUAUUCAGUCGGAGGAUUGAUAUAUGCUGAUGUGAUGGUAUAUACAAGGUACACACACAUAAAUCUCGAAUACCAUUUAAUCCUAUAAUUACUAGGCGUUGAUGAAUAUUCUAUGAUUCUUUGUUUAUUUUUACAAUUAUCUACAUCAUCUUCGACUUUUCUAUUGAUUAUUAAACGUUUUCUUAUUCAUAAUCGAAUAGAGAAUGUCAUCUCGCUGCCUAUCAAAAAACACAAGUAAGGUUAACCUUACUAUUCAUACCUAAAUAUUGGUUUCAGCUUGACCAG